ACCUCCAUUCGUUCGUGCUCUGUUUAGUUGCGUACCAAGUGUUGACCAGUGCUGGUGUAGACUAACUGUACAAUCCUUUCCCUGCACAAUGCUGCUGCAAGCAUUACUUAUAGCGGGCGUUGUGUAUCUGCUGAUCACGCAUCUGAUCGAGCGGAAGAAGCUGCAGAAAAUAAACAAUCACUUUCCGGGACCGAAACCGCUGCCGGUGAUUGGAAACUUGCUCCAGUUUGCCUUUUUGGACAUACCCGGUGUGUUCGAGCGUGUGGUCGAGCUGCACCAAAAGUAUGGGCAGGAUUACAUGAUGUGGUCCCUGUUCAACUGGACCAUCCUCAUGAUGACCAGCCGAAAGAAUGUGGAGAAGGUGCUGCUAGCGAAGCAGACGGAGAAAGCGUUGCUCUACCAGUUCAUCGAACCCUGGCUCGGUACGGGACUGCUGAUCGCGAGCGGUGAAAAAUGGUUCCAGCGGCGCAAAAUCAUCACGCCGACGUUCCAUUUCAAGAUUUUGGAGCAGUUUGUGCGUGUGUUUAACACGGAAACGGACACGAUGGUGAAGCUGCUGCGGAAGCACGUCGAUGGGAAGGAGUUUGACAUCUACGACUACGUCACGCUGAUGGCGCUGGACAGUAUCUGCGAAACGUCGAUGGGAACGACGGUGGACGCACAGCACAAUCCGGACAAUCAAUACGUGCAGAAUGUGAAGCGAAUGGCGGUUCUGGUGCUACUGCGUACGAUCAGCAUCGUUGGACCGUACCCGACGCUGUACAACAUCUUUCACCCCAAUGCCUGGGAGCAGCGCCGAGUCAUCAAGCAGCUGCACGACUUCACGGACAACGUGAUACGAAGUCGCCGUGAACAGCUGGCCAAGGAAAAGUCGGAAAACGUCGCUUUCGAUUUGACCGAGGAAAAUUUGUACUCGAAGCGUAAGCUUACCUUCCUCGAUCUGCUACUGAACGUGACGGUCGAGGGUAAACCGCUCAGCAAUCUGGACAUCCGCGAGGAGGUGGACACGUUCAUGUUCGAGGGUCACGACACCACAACCAGUGGCAUUUCGUUCACAAUCUACGAGCUGGCACGCAACCCGGAUGUGCAGGAGCGGGUGUACGAAGAGAUUGUGGCGGUGCUGGGCAAAGACCACAAAACGGCCGAGCUUACGUACCAGAACUUGCAGGAAUUCAAGUACCUCGAUCUGGUGGUUAAGGAAGGGCUGCGCAUGUAUCCACCGGUGGGCAUCAUCGGUCGUGCGCUGGUUGAAGAUUUAGAGCUCAAUGGCACCACCGUACCGGCGGGACAAAACGUUCUCGUGCCGAUCUACGUGAUCCACCGCAAUCCGGAGAUCUACCCGAACCCGAACCAGUUUGAUCCGUCCCGCUUUUCGGAGGACGCCGAAUCGAAGCGUGGUCCGUUCGACUAUCUGCCCUUCAGUAUCGGAGCCCGGAACUGUAUCGGGCAGCGGUAUGCACUGAUGGAGAUGAAGGUUACGCUCAUCAAGCUGAUUGCCAACUAUCGCAUCCUGCCGGGCGAAUCGCUGGGCAAGCUGCGCGUAAAGACUGACCUUGUCCUGCGGCCGGAUAUCGGUAUUCCGGUAAAGAUUGUACUUCGCGAGUAAUGAACGACAAAAGAAGCACACACACACACACACACAGACAAAAACUACUUAAGACUGCACUGAUGUAUCAUAUUAAAUUGAUGUGCGCAAUAAACGACUAGCUACUGUGA